AAUAAUAAUAAUAAUAAUAAUAAUUAAUGGAAUGGAAAUUAAUAAUAUAAUGGAAGGAAAAAAUUCAUCCAGCCAUAUGUUGCAGAAGAAGAUACGAGAUUUUACCGGUUCAAUUGUCGAAUCCAUUUCCAACGGUCGUUCCCCUGUGAUCUACUUCAAUCGUUUUUCUAAUUACUGCACCGAUCCUUCUGGAAACUGCUAUUGCAGCCAUGAUACUGUUAAGGGAGUGGAGAUUCUCACCCUGCAACGGGAGUACCAUGCACGUAGGUUAGACAUUUUACUGCGAGUACUGCUUAUUGUUCAACAACUUCUGCAAGAGAAUAAGCAUGGGUCAAAGAGAGACAUUUAUUACAUGCAUCCUUCUGUGUUUCGAGAACAAUCCGUUGUUGACCGCACCAUCAAUGACAUUUGCAUCCUUCUUCAGUGCAGUCGCCACAAUCUGAAUGUUGUGUCUGUUGCGAAAGGAUUGGUGAUGGGAUGGCUGAGAUUUUCAGAAGCUGAUAGAAUUACAAACUGUCUAAGUCACCCUGAUACUGCACACUCUAUUCCGGUACACAUAGAAGAAGUGAAAGAUAUCAUCAGUGUCGCAGACUACAUACUAGUGGUGGAGAAAGAAUCAGUAUUUCAACGGCUAGCAAACGAUUGUUUUUGCAAGACUAAUCGUUGCAUUGUCAUCACGGGCAGAGGUUAUCCUGAUAUUCCAACAAGGAGGUUCUUGCGGCUACUCACCGAACAGCUGAAAUUGCCGGUCUAUUGCUUGGUUGAUUGUGAUCCAUAUGGCUUUGACAUCUUGACAACAUACCGGUUUGGUUCAAUGCAAAUGGCAUAUGAUGCAAAGAUUAUGAGGCUUCCUGAGAUACAAUGGAUUGGAGCAUUUCCGUCAGAUGUGGAGAAAUAUAGUAUUCCACAACAUUGUCUUCUUCCUAUGACAACCGAAGAUAGGAUCAAAACAGAGGCAAUUUUAAAGCGAUGUUAUCUGCAGAGGGUUGUGCCACAAUGGAGGUUGGAACUACAGCUGCUGCUGGAAAGUGGAGUCAAGUUUGAGAUUGAAGCAUUAUCUGUUCACUCGCUUACCUUCUUGUCAAAAGGGUAUCUACCUUCUAAGAUACAAGGCGGGUUCUCCACAGAACAUCCUACCUUUUACUCUCUAAGACACUGCAUUAUACCCGACACAGGGUUGUUGUCUGAAAGUUCACUCCAGAGUCUUGUAUGAUGAUGACUAUUGAAGUCUUACGUUCCAGCUGUGGACUGUUGUAAAGGUUGUGUUUAUCAUUGCUUCUUUAACUUUUUCUAUCUGAAUUUCUGUCAGAGUUUGUGUUGAUGGUAAUAUAGAUGGUAUUCUCUAUCCUUUCAGCAGGUGGAAAUUUUGAUCCAUUCAUAUAUAAAAUUUAUGUUUGGGUUA